GUGAGAGAGAGGGAGAGAGAGAGAGAGAGAGAGAGGAGAGAGAGAGGAGAGACUCCCCGGCUCCCUCCCUCCCUCGCACACAGCGACUGGAGACGGACGGAGAGCAACGCGCUGGGAGAGGAGAGACCACCGACAACAGCCCCGCGCUCUCACACAUACACUCACACUCGACUCUUUCCUCUCCCCCCACCUCCUCCUCCUUCCACCCCCACCACUAACACCAUCUCCUCCUCCUUCUUUCUGCAACAAGAAAAAAAAGCCAUUUACAGGGGGUGAUGUGCAACUAAUUAAAGGCAGACUGGCAGCGUCUGCAAAUUCUAAGGCUCCCCAAAUAAAAAGAGACUGUUGUAACAGUUGGAGGAUAAUGCAAAGGAAGACGCUGCCUGGGAAUUCACCGUCUGUGGAAAUGAGCCCCAGAGAGGAAUAAAGCAGCCCUCACCUUGCUCUCCCCACCCGAACCCACUUUCCCCACCCGCCUCGGCCCCCACCCCAACACCACCAUCACUCCCUUCCCUCCCCCCCACCUUUCCCCCUUUUCCACGCAGGUGUCGGACCAGGCGGUCCCCACUUCCACCCUGCACCCCUUCUUCCCCCCCUGCACCAUGAACACCAAUGUCUGCGUGGAGCCCGGGCCGAGCCCGGAGGCCCCGGGCUUGCCCAAGGAAAGCCACUUGCCCGAGGGGGCUCUGAACAGCCUUGUGGAUUACAACUCGGAAAUGGAGCGCUACCGCUCCUUUGCCACCUCCUUCUACAAGACCAACGGGGGCGCCUUCCCACAGGCGGCCAAGAUCGCGCGCAUCACCACCCCCAUCUUCCCCAGCAGCGCCGCCGCCGCCGCGGCCGCCGCGCGCAUCGGCAUGUCCCCCUGGAACUGCGACAACGCGGCCACCGCCGCCGCCGCCACCGCCAUGCUCUGGGGCAGCGGCGGGGGCGGGGGCGGCGGCGGGGGUGGUGGCGGCGGCGGCGGCGGCGGGGGCGGGGGCGGGGGCGGUGGGGGCGGCAGGAAAUCCUCCUCUGCCGCCGCCUCCUCCUCCGCCUCCUCCUCCUCGGCGAUCCUCCCCGCCGGCGGUGGCGGCGGCGGCGGCGGCGGCGGCGGCGGCGGCGGCGGCGGCAGCAGGACCAGCAUGCACCACCGAAACGACUCCCAGAGGCUGGGGAAAGCUGGCUGCCCGCCAGAGCCGUCGUUGCAAAUGGCAAAUACUAAUUUCCUCUCCACCUUAUCCCCUGAACACUGCAGACCUUUGGCGGGGGAAUGCAUGAACAAGCUCAAAUGCGGCGCUGCUGAAGCAGAGAUAAUGAAUCUCCCCGAGCGCGUGGGGACUUUUUCCGCUAUCCCGGCUUUAGGGGGCAUCUCAUUACCUCCAGGGGUCAUCGUCAUGACAGCCCUUCACUCCCCCGCAGCAGCCUCAGCAGCCGUCACAGACAGUGCGUUUCAAAUUGCCAAUCUGGCAGACUGCCCGCAGAAUCAUUCCUCCUCCUCCUCGUCCUCCUCAGGGGGAGCUGGCGGAGCCAACCCAGCCAAGAAGAAGAGGAAAAGGUGUGGGGUCUGCGUGCCCUGCAAGAGGCUCAUCAACUGUGGCGUCUGCAGCAGUUGCAGGAACCGCAAAACGGGACACCAGAUCUGCAAAUUUAGAAAAUGUGAAGAGCUAAAGAAAAAACCUGGCACUUCACUAGAGAGAACACCUGUUCCCAGCGCUGAAGCAUUCCGAUGGUUCUUUUAAAGCAGUAGUAGAUCUUAUUUUCAAGGCAUUUGAAAAUGAAGGGCAAACUAAUGUCUUGUUUUAAGAAACUGCUUAGUCCACCACUGAAGAAAAUAUCCAGAAAUUAUUUUCAUUUUACAUAUAGGGGUUUCUUCAAAAAAAAAAAAAAGAGGAAAAGAAAAGAAAAAAGACAUAAAAAUAAUGUGGGAGCUUGGAGAAUUGGCCAGUCUAUUUACUUUCAAUACGCUGAUUCUUUCUUUGAUGUAAUUUAGCUAUAGUAGUGAAGUUGUUGUCUAUUUUGAAAGUGGCUGUAAAAAAUAAGUUUGGGUAAACCCCUGCUGUAAAAUCAUGUAUCUUUGCAAAGUACAUAUCUAUACUUCAUUUUCAAAUCUAUGUGUUUCAGUACUGUAAACUGUACAGAUAGCAGCUUGUAUUUUGUGUGUUUAGACACAAGGAGACAAUCAUGUCUGAGCAUCUAUGGAGAUUAACAGUUUGUACACAACAGUAUGGUUCUGCAAGUUAAAUCUGGAGCAAUAAAUUUUAGCUUUAACUAUUUUUUGCCAGUGGUUUAGAAGCAGCAACAGCACUGGCACCAUUUUGCCAUGCAUCUUUCUGUAGAGACUUGAUGCCAAGUUUUACAAGAUGAAAAGAUUAUGACGCAUCCACCAAUUACCUUCAGUUUUAUUGUUAUAAGAGGGGAAGAUGUUAUGAAAGUUUCAAUUAAUCUUUUGAGCACUAUAUUAGAGUAGUGGUUAUGCACUUGCAUUGCUUACAAAUGAGCUGUACAGAAGGGUAUACCUCCCAAAUACUUAGUGUAGUUGACUUGUCUUGGGUUGCACUGUAAGGCAGAGUACUCAGAGUAGUUGGAAAAUGCAGAAUCAGUUGUAUAAUUUUUUUUUUUUUAUAAAAACAGUGUUUUUUAGGCUAAAGAAUAAAGUAUCAUAUCUUAGGAGGGGAAAAUUUAUAACUGACUUUUUUCCCCAGCCCAACAUGGGCUGUGUACGUUUUAUUGUUUCUUAAUUUUUUUCUUAUUUUUUGUGUAGGAAAAAAUCUUAAUAAAAACUACCCCAAUGUUUUAACUCCAUGUAUGAUAUUAAAUGGGUAGUUUUAACACUUGAAUAUGUUGAGGGCUUCUGCCUUGAGGCAGGGCUUGAUAUAUUUUUAAUUUACAAAGAAUUAAACAUAUUCAUAAAAGUGAGACAUUUUAUCUCUUUUUAUUUUCUUUUCUGAUAGCCACCCAGUUGGACUAGUGGUCUUCCCCUGGUCCCUCAGUAAAAUGCUCCAUUGCUGCCAUUUCCAUUCUUGUCACUUGAUGCUUUCAUUCCUGAGAAGGCAGGGCUACAGUCUCUGGAAUUUCAUAAAUGCAUGACAUACCCCUCCCCCCACAACUGACACACAAAAGAUCUAAUGCUUCAUAGAACCUGUGCUACCUUUUCAUGUUGGAGUUGGUUUUCUUACCACAGUCAGGGUUCUUAAGGCCGUCCCAUCAAGACAAAUAUUUACAUUUCAUUUUAUUUUUGUUUGUCCCAAUUAUAAAGACUAUUUUCAGUUUCAGGAGUAGAACAGGGUUUAGCAAAAAUAUGUGGAGUAUCAAAGUUACUUACUGCAACUUUUUGUUCUUUGUCCACUAGCCAGUUGAUUUAACCCACUAAAUCCAUUAGCUUGCUGAAAAAUGUUAGCAAAGUAAAUCACGAGAAGAAAGAUAAUUUGAGAAGAGAAAGGGUAUGGUACAAUGAAAGAAGCUGUAAAGAUUUGGAAAGACUAGUAAGUGAAUAUUUUUAAAAAUUUAGUUGUAGAUUUCAAUGGGAUAUAAGACAGAAAAGAUUUUUUAAAAAGCAGAAAGUAUUUCGUGGUGAAAGUACUGGGGGAGGGUGGACAAAGCAUGCACACAUGCCAAUUUGAAAAUCAAGUGUGACUUACCUCACAUAGAGUAUGAAUACAUGGUCCACAGUUAUGGUCAACAAGCGUUUUCAAGAAAAACUCGUGAUGUAUUACACCCAUCCAUGUUUAGAGAUGAGAAUUAAAUGAUUAUAAGCUAAAAUGUGCUGUAUACUGUAUUAAUUUUGAGAUAGCUUUCUACUUGAUGUAUAUUUCUUUGAGGGUUUCUAUCUAGUUAGAAUUUCAGCUUCUGCUCUGGGACCAAUGAGAGCUGUAUGAGUUUUUUUUUUUUUUUUCUUUUUCCAUUUUUUUUUUUUUGUUUUUUUGUUUACCAGUUUGCUAAUUAAUUACAAGUAAGUGAAAACUUACUUUCACACUUGAAUGAUAAGCUUGCCUUGCUCUUUGGAAAAUGAUGAUUGUUAUUACAGAAGUGAAACAAACUUCUAUUCAGGCUAUAUUAGGCAUACAAUAACAUAAAGAUCUCAUAGAAGUAUACUGAGAGUCUAAAAUACAUUCUAGUGGUGCAUGUCUUGCUGUGCUUUUGUUUGUUUGCUUUCUAGAAGAACUAAUGAAUCUGUAUAUUGUAAACUGUGGUGUUUUACAUGUCAAUUCAUUUUUUUAAUGAAAAAAUUUGUUGAUUACUGAAAUGAGAAAGUGUAGCUUUUCAUUAAUUCUCUUAUGUUUUUUAUUCUUGAUAUUGUUCUUUUAUACCACCCACUUUUUAAUGUUUUUGGUUAAACUCCAUUUAUGUAAUGUAGGGUGCAUAUAAAGUUCUCAUUGGUGAUGCUGAAGAAAGAGAUGACUCUUCUGGCCUUUCUGUAGUUUUCUUCCUCAUAUGUCCAUGUACUGAGAACUUGUAAAGCUUAUCAUUAUAAACCUAAGGCAGUGAUUUGAAGGUUUACAUUUUUCAUGAUUUUAAAAUACCAAUGAAAUGUAACUUUUAAAUAUUCCUCACUGUAUGUUUUAUAUUCACUGUCAAGAAAAUUCAGAAUGUAGAUUGUGCGGACAGCUAUACACAACUUAAUAAUUAUAUAUCACAUAAACUGAAUAAAAAACUUUGUAAGAGUGGUCUACGCACACAGGAUCUUGUCCUCCCUAGGCGUGGAUAGAGAGAUGCCAUAAUCUGCCAGCAUUUGGGGACAGCAUGGUAAAUACUUGAGGCAUUGAUACAUAGUGCAGUAAGCCAAUUUCCUUUUCAGUUGUCACUCAGCACCAUAACAUCACGAAGAACAUCAUUAAUGCAAACCUCUCACUAAGCCUUCAGACCAAAGUGGCUUUCUGAUGGACUCUGCCUGUCUGUCUACAAGUGGAGUCAGAUUCAAAGUAGAAAUAUAUCCAUCCUUGGGAAAGAAAAUAAGAAGUCUUCCCCCACUGUAGGAGUAUAUAAAAAUGUCUCCUGGUUGCUUAAUUCCCAACACUCAAUUUCCUUCUUCUAAACACAUUUAUAGAGAGUGAGAGAUGGUGGACUUAUUAUGAAUUAAUAUCAAGCAAUCACUAAAAGAAAGGAAUAUUCUCUUCCUUUUAAUCAGAAACCCUGAUAGGUAAGUUGUGCAAUUAAUGCUAAAGCAUGUAAAGUCUUUAAGCUGAUAAGUAUCUGUAAUCAAAUAAUGAAAAAAGGAAAGCAGUUAAAUGAACACACUAUUCAGGGUCAAAUAUGUUCAGCAAAAAGCUGUAGUGGGUCUUUGAUCAUGGUUAGAUUCACAGUAAUAUCAAACAGUUGGUUCUCAUGUAACAGCUAAAUGUUUCAGAUUUUUUUUUAUUAAAUUUGGCAUUUCACACUGAGAUCUGUAUUCCCAGUGAAUAAAAGACAGCUACUAUAUUAGGAGGGAUUCCAUUUUCACAAUUGCAAAACAGAUAUUUCAGGAACAUGGGCCACAAAAUGUACUCCUUUCACAGUGUUCUCCUCUUCUGAACUGUGCAGUUAUCUAUUAAAUUUUCUAAUAGAUAUUUGUGUAAGGUGUAUGUAUGCUUGUGCAAUUAUUUAAAAAACGGUUUUGGAAAACAGUGUAUUUAUUAAAGAAAAUUACUUAUGGGGCAUGUACAAAACUGUAAAAAAAAAAAAAAGUAAAAAAAAUCACAUUCAAUUUGCCCAGUAAAGUUGUUUUUGUGAAAUUUCUGUGUUGUUGAAUAAAGGACUUUAGUAUUCAAAAUA